AUGCCCAAGGCUGACUUGGAAAUCCCACUGUCUGAGCACUUAUCCAAUAUUGUUGGAAGUUGGACAUAUGAGUUCAAUGAACACUUUACUGAUCUAUUUGCUGAACUGCAAGGGAAUCUUGCCUCCAAUGAAAUCCCCUUCUUGACACCACUUGCCCCCAUCAACAAGGAGGAUGAGUUAUGUGACUACAGCACACCUGACUUUGGGAUCAGUAUUUUUGACUAUGAACCUCCAGCAAAAAAAUACCCUCUCAAAGACAUCACUCCUGAUAAUCCAACUUACCCCUGGCCAUCACAAGUGGAUUUUGUGACAUCACUUCUAUUCAGCUCUCCAUGCCUUCCCUUUUCUGAUGCCCAGAAAAAAGUGGUACUUAAUUGGGCAAGAGAGCUUGGUACUCAAAAUGUGCCCUCACUCAAUGCAACCAAGAAGUGUCAACUAUUUGUUGAAGAUCUUGUUGGUCAGCCAACUGAGAAGGUUACUGCCCAGUGA